AUUCCAUUGUAAAAUUAAUUAACCAGAUAGACAUAGUGCUAAAGUAUGGCUCCGAAAUCGGGAAACAAUUCACCAGACACUCUAAAUGUUCCUCAAAAGCGAGAAAAGCAUCGUCACUUGGAAAUUGUGUGGACAAACGUUUGGAUUUUUACUGUGCUACAUACUGCAGCCUUUGCUGGUUUUAUCCUAGUUUUAAACAGAACAUGGCGUCCUUGGGUAUUCGGUGUGGUAUACUCGUAUUGUUCAGGUCUUGGAGUAACAGCAGGUGCACACCGUCUUUGGUGUCAUAGAGCAUACAAAGCUAAACUUCCUCUGAGGAUACUUUUAAUGGUUUUCAAUUGUAUAGCUUGUCAGAAUGAUAUUUACGAAUGGUCAAGAGAUCAUCGUGUUCACCAUAAAUUUACAGAAACAGACGCUGAUCCACACAAUGUCAAUCGGGGAUUCUUUUUUGCCCACAUGGGGUGGCUAAUGCAUAAGAAGCAUCCUGACGUUAGAGAGAAAGGAAAGACAGUCGACUGUAGUGACAUCUUGCAAGAUCCUGUAGUAAGAUUUCAAAAAAGGUUUUACAUUCCUUUGGUACUUCUGUUAACCUUUUAUCUCCCAACUAUGAUACCUGUUUGGGUAUGGGGUGAAAAAGUGUGGUUUGCCUUUCUUACCACUGGAAUCUUACGUUAUGUUAUUACACUACACUGCACGUGGUUAGUAAACAGUGCAGCCCAUUAUUGGGGAAACCGGCCGUACAAUCGUUUCAUGGAUGCCCGAGAAAACAAGCAUGUGGCAUGGUGGGCUCUCGGUGAAGGCUUCCACAACUAUCAUCACGCUUUUCCUUACGACUAUUCCACUAGUGAGUACGGAUGGAAACUGAAUAUAACAACCAUGUUCAUAGAUUUCAUGGCCAAGUUGGGACAAGCCUACGAUCUGAAAACAGUUCCUAAUGACGUCAUUGAAAAAACCCGACAGAAAACUGGAGACGGCACUUUGACGUUUCAGUAGGGAUUGUUGGCAAUCAAGAACGAAAUUAUUCAUUCAUAAUACACUUUUAUUAAUGAGCAACAUCCCAAUAAAGAUCCCUGGAGGGUCUCAUCAAUUUGUUGUUAUUGGUUGAAUAUAUAAUCACGAAAAUUCAGCCCCUCUCUACUUAUAUAUAUAUGAAACUAAU